UCCGCGACCAGAAGCCCAGCACGACGGACGCACGCACCGCAACGCACUGCAUCGCCAUGGCCAGGAGCAGCAGCAUCGUGUGCGCCAUCGUCGCCCUCAGCGCCCUCGGCACGCUGGCGCUGGUACACGGCCAGCGAAUCACGACGAUCCAGCUGGACGGCGUGCAGUACUUCGUGAGCCGCAUGAACCCCUACUCGCCCGAGCUCAACUACUUCCUGGCCUACCAGUACUGCCGCUCGCUGGGCCUGCAGCUCACCUCCUUCGAGUCCAAGGAGAAGUCGGACUCCAUCACGCAGUACCUCCGGAACGCCGGCUACAACCAGUACGACUUCUGGACGUCCGGCAACCGCCUGGGCACCGACAUGUUCCUGUGGAUGAGCACGGGGCUGCCCUUCAACGCCACCUUCGACCUGAUGAACGUGCCCGCCGACGAGGCGGCCGCCCAGCCCCAGGACGCCGUCGUCAUGACCAGUGAGCAGCCCGCGCCCCUCCUGCGACGCCACGGCUCCGCCCGCCAGAGCAAGAGCGGCCCCAGCAGCGGCUGCGUGGCCCUCAAGGCCCCCGACCUGCACUGGGCCGUGGACGACUGCACGAGCGUCAAGGACUUCAUCUGCGAGCAGACGCGCUGCUACUACUACAACUACGGCUCCAUCCCCGUGUCCUCCUCACAGGGCCGGAACAGCAAGGACCGCCCCCUGCCCGUCAGCACGACCACCACAACGACCACCAUCGCGCCCACCACGUCCACCACCGAGGCCGUCCUGCUGGACCACGAGGCCGGCAACGAGGUGCCCGCCGAGGAGGCGCCGGCCGACGACGACGCGGCCACCGUGCCGCCCGCCGCGGCCGAGGCCGCCGAGGACGCCGUCGACGAGAGCCAGCCCGACAACAGCGUCCUGGCCGGCACCGACGCGCCGCCGCAGCCCACCGACGUCCCCGCCGCCUCCGGCCGCGCCCGCGGCAAGUUCCUGGAGCAGCCCGCCGCGCCCGGAGGCCCCACCGCAGGCCCCGCCGCCGGGCCCGGCCUCGGCUGGGGCUGGCCCGCCAACAUCAAGCUCGAGAUCCCCGUGCCGCGGCGCGUGAGCGGCGGCGGCGCCAACUGAGGCACUCGGUGAAGGACUCGGCCUAUGCCCCAGGAACACCGGCGCGCCAGCCAGUCGCACCCUCCUCAAGGAUUCCAGAAAAUCGAAAAAAUAGCUCACGCAACUUUCGGCUCCAACUCGAAAUCUAGUAACUUUCCGGCCGAUCGCCUGGAAGGCCGCUAAUUAGCACAGCAGGCCCCGGGCGCAAGACUGCGGCCUUCCGAAGGCAGUUCCCACAGGAACACACACAAGUGCCCUGAAAACGAGGAGGAAAACAACAAAAAAACUGGACGAAACGCGACUCUGGCACGCUCGUGUUCCUCGGACGCCACGCCGCGCCGCGUCACGCUGUGUCACGCUCGUGUCACGCUCGUGUCACGCCGUCUCGCCACGCCGCGCGUCGCGUCUCGGACACGGCCGGCGAACCACGUGCUCGUCGUCUCUGCUGAUCUCACAUUUCAGAAAAAACAAAAACAACGUCAUUUCCCUUUUUUUCAUAUUUUUUUUAGUGUAUUUGUAGCGACGAUUGUUGACCGCAGUGAUGACCGGCACGCACGGUGACUCGUUUAACUGUUUAAGGAUUUCCUGGUGUCACGUGACAGGCCCUAAAGACUGACUCGAUGUUCUCUCCCCUUUUCUCUAUGAUUUUUAUCACUGUAAGGCUCCGCGCUCCGCACGGGACAGCCGUCGUGGCACCCGUUCCCCACUCGCUGCAAGGGCCGACGGCAGACGCGGCCUUCUUGUCCAGCAACGAAAAUAAGAUUCUGCGACGGAAGUCGCCAUGGGCUGUCCUUCGACCGAGCUGCUUCUCCCGAGACCGCCGCCCCUCCGCGGGGGCUGGCGGGUUGUAACUUGUGAUAUCCAUCGACUAGGGAUUAUUUAGAUUCGAAAUAAAUAAAUAAUAGACUAACUUCUCUUUUAAGACUACCUAAGAGUUUCGCGAGAGGCCAAUGGACAGAGACCUUCUUGGUUACGAGAUCGAAGCGACUUUAAUUGUAAGCUCUGCAUUUGCAAAUCAACUCUGUCUGCGUAAGAUUAAGAUAAUUUUUUUUAAAAAAAUACAUGACAUUUCCUGAA